AUGUGCUCUGGAAGCUGUGCUAAAUGUCUGGGCAUUACCUUAAUUCCACUAGCUGUUCUCUGCAUCUUGGCCAAUAUCCUGCUAUUUUUUCCUGGAGGAAAAGUUGCUAACAACAAUGGGCAUAUAUCUGAUGAAGUCUGGUAUUUUGGUGGAAUACUGGGAUCUGGAGUGUUGAUGGUGUUUCCAGCUUUGGUGUUCCUUGGACUGAAGAACAAUGACUGCUGUGGCUGUUGUGGCAAUGAGAAAUGUGGAAAGAGAUUUGCGAUGUUUUCUUCGAUCCUUUUUGCUGCCAUUGGGUUUGUUGGAGCUGGCUACAGCUUUAUAAUAUCUGUAGUUGGUAUACACAAAGGCCCCAAAUGUGACAUAGGCUAUGGAAACUGGACAUAUGCCUUUGAUGGGGGAAAUUACUUGGGAAACCCGAAGACCUGGAGUACGUGUGUUGCACCCCCUGAUAUAGUCCCAUGGAACCUGACACUUUUUAGUUUGCUGCUCAUAAUGAACGCGGUCCAGGCUGUUCUCUGUGCUACCCAAGCUAUUAAUGGCAUCAUUGGGACGUUUUGUGGAGACUGCAGGUGCUCUGGAUGUUGUGGGGGAGAAGGAACAGUUUAA